AUGGCCGAUCGUGUUGAACCUUUUUUGAGAGAUUUAAUAACUAUUUCUGAGCAGGCACAACGACAUUUACAUACUGAUAAUCUUAAUAUUGUUGAGAAUUUAAGACGAAGGCUGGAUGAUUGUCAUAAUACAGUUCAGAUUAUAUUAAUGUACUGUAUUGAACAUGAUGUCUGCGUUGAAGUGCUUUAUAUGUUGAGAGAAAUUCACAACAGAUUAGCUGUAUUUCUCGGUCACUACAAUGAAAUUUGCGAUCGCAAUGUGGUAGAAAACGAACAUAUACAACUUUCUCAACCAUUGAUCUUUGAAGCACAGCAAAUCCACGAACCAGGAAGACCUAUAUUAAACAUUCCUGAAGAUACUCUAAGAGAAUUACACGACAUUCAUAAUUCAUGGAGUUCUGUUGCAAGGCUGACUGGUGUUUCGUACAGAACACUGUUACGUCGAAGACAGCAAUAUGGACUUGAGAUUGCAAAUACAGUAGGUCCACGGAUAACGUACACAGAUCUUGAUGAUGAGCAACUUUGUGCAAUUGUCCGUGAUAUUUUACAACUCAUGCCGGACGCAGGAGAAACAUAUGUUAUUGGAGCAAUAAAAAGUCGUGGUAUCAACAUACAGAGAUGGCGCGUGCGCAAUGCAAUCCAAAUCGUUGAUCCAGUAAGUCGUGCUCUUAGACGCACACUUGCAGUCGUACGACGUGUGUACAAUGUACGCUGUCCCAAUGCAUUGUG